AUGGGAAGCCUAGUUUCCACGCCUGCUUCCAUGUCUACGACUUCCACAGUCUACAACAAUGAUGAGCUGAUCAGGAUUGUGAUGAUGGGGAAGACUGGAGCUGGGAAGAGUGCCACAGGAAACACCAUUCUGCAACAAAAAUGCUUUAAAUCUGACUUCUCCCCUAAAUCUUUGACUACACUCUGCAAAAAGGAAUAUGGUGUGGUGGAUGGAGAAAAAAUAGCUGUUAUCGACUCUCCAGGCCUGUUUGACACCAGGUACACUGAAAGCGAAACAGUUAAAGAUAUUGCCCAGAGCAUUGCUUUUGCUUCCCCUGGACCUCAUAUCUUCCUGGUCGUCAUCAAACUGGGCAGAUACACAGAGGAAGAAAAGCAAGCUGUGCAGAAUAUUCAGAAAAUCUUUGGUGAGGAAGCCAACAAAUACAGCAUGGUUCUCUUUACCCAUGGUGACCUGCUCAAAGGGAAACCUAUUGAGGAGUUCCUAGAGGAAAGCGAAGAUCUGAAAGAACUUGUGGCCAAAUGUAACAACCAGUACCACGUGUUCAACAAUGAGCUGAAAGAUCGUUCUCAGGUCACGAAGCUGCUAAAGAUGAUAAAACAAAUAAAUGAACAGAAUGGAGGAAGCUACUACACCACUGAAAUGUUCCAAAACGCAGAGAGAGCGAUUGAAGAGGAGAAACAACGAAUUCUAAAAGAAAAAGAAGAGGAACACCGCAAAAUGCUGGAGAACCUGAAUGCGGAAGAAAUUAAAAAAAUCAAAAAAAAACUGGAAGAGCAGAGGACGUUAAGUUUCUGCAGCAGCACUCGGUCUCUUCAGCCAUGGUGA